UGCUGAUGGUGAUGAGGAGGAGGAUGCUCUGCAGCUCUGAAUGAAUCCACAUUCAAUGGCCCGCUGCUGGACGGCGCUAUGAACGCAUUGACUUUUUACAGUCCAGUGCCCGGAAUUACUAUGAUUAUGGAUAUCUUAUAUUUUCUAUGGAUAAUGCCAACGGUACGGGCUGUCGAAGAAGUACUAAUGGAUUCAACGACGGCAACAGCAGAACUGGGCUGGACCAUCCACCCAUCACAGGGGUGGGAAGAAGUUAGCGGGUAUGAUGAAAACAUGAACACCAUCCGAACAUACCAGGUGUGUAAUGUCUUCGAUAGCAGCCAGAACAACUGGGUAGGCACCAAAUACAUCCGCCGCCGUGGUGCUCAGCGCAUCCAUGUCCAGAUGAAGUUCUCAGUGCGCGACUGCAGUUCCAUACCCAAUGUCCCUGGUUCCUGCAAGGAGACCUUCAACCUGUAUUACUAUGAGUCUGACUCGGACAUGGCCACUAAAUUAUCCCCACCCUGGAUGGAAAACCCCUGGGUGAAAGUGGACACUAUAGCAGCUGAUGAGAGCUUCUCUCAGGUUGAUCUCGGUGGCCGCAUCAUGAAGAUCAACAGUGAAGUCCGGAGUUUUGGACCUGUUUCGUGCAAUGGCUUCUACCUCGCUUUCCAGGAUUAUGGCGCCUGCAUGUCACUCAUUGCCGUUCGAGUCUUCUACAGGAAAUGUCCCCGUGUGAUUCAGAAUGGCGCAAUCUUCCCUGAGACUCUGUCUGGAGCGGAGAGCACCUCUCUGGUGGCAGCCAGAGGGGUGUGUGUUCCCAAUGGGGAGGAGGUGGAUGUACCUAUCAAGCUGUACUGCAACGGGGAUGGGGAGUGGAUGGUGCCCAUUGGGCGCUGCAUGUGCAAAGCCGGCUACGAGGCGGUAGAGAAUGGUACAGUCUGCAGAGCAUGUGGAUCAGGCUUCUUCAAGGCUGCACAGGGAGACUACAAAUGUCUGCAGUGCCCCAUAAACAGCCGAACCACCAGCGAGGGAGCAACUAACUGUGUCUGUCGCAACGGCUACUACCGCAGUGACUCCGACCCUUCACAGAUGCCUUGUACAACUGUUCCAUCAGCUCCACAGAACGUGAUCUCCAUCGUGAAUGAGACCUCUCUGAGGCUGGAGUGGAGCCCCCCACUGGAGGGCGGUGGCCGAGAAGACGUUGUCUACAACAUCAUAUGUAAAAGCUGCGGCAGUGGGCGGGGCGGCUGCACCCGCUGUGGAGACAACGUGCAGUUUGUCCCUCGUCAGCUGGGACUAACCGACACCAGCGUCCACAUCAACGACCUCCUGGCUCACACACAGUACACCUUUGAAAUACAAGCUGUCAAUGGAGUGUCUGACCAGAGUCCUUAUUCACCACAGUACACGUCCGUCAACAUCACCACCAACCAGGCUGCACCAUCAGCAGUGUCCAUCAUCCACCAGGUUGGCCGAGCCCCGAACAGCGUCACCCUGUCCUGGUCCCAGCCUGAUCAGCCCAAUGGAGUGAUUCUGGACUAUGAGCUGCAGUAUUAUGAGAAGAACCAGGCAGAGUGGAACUCAUCUCUAACCAGGAGUCAGACCAACACAGCAGUCAUACGAGGCUUGAAGCCUGGAACUAUCUACGUCUUCCAGGUUCGGGCUCGGACUGUUGCUGGAUUUGGACGCUUUAGUGGCAAAAUGUACUUCCAAACUAUGACUGAAGAAGAAUAUAACUCCAGUAUCCAGGAGAAGCUCCCACUCAUCAUCGGUUCUGCUGCUGCAGGCGUAGUCUUCAUCAUUGCCAUCACUGUCUUCAUAAUUGUCUGCCGCAGCAGGAGAAGUCCUGACAGACCAGAAUCAGACUACACAGACAAACUCCAACAUUACACCAGUGGUCACAAAGUGUCACCAGGAAUGAAGAUCUACAUCGACCCCUUCACGUAUGAGGACCCUAAUGAAGCAGUCAGAGAGUUUGCCAAGGAGAUUGACAUUUCUUGUGUCAAGAUUGAACAAGUUAUUGGUGCAGGUGAGUUUGGGGAGGUGUGCAGUGGAAACCUCCGGCAGCCAGGGAAGAGAGAGACCCUGGUGGCUAUUAAGGCGCUGAAGGCCGGCUACACUGAUCGUCAGAGGCGGGACUUCCUGAGCGAGGCGUCCAUUAUGGGCCAGUUCGACCACCCCAACAUCAUCCAUCUGGAGGGGGUGGUGACCAAGAGCAGCCCUGUGAUGAUCAUCACUGAGUUCAUGGAAAACGGAUCCCUGGACUCCUUCCUCAGGCUGAUAGAACCGGCUCAAGUUGAUUGAAAGCCCACAAAUCAAGGCGAGUCAUCAAGUUCAAGCUGCUGAUAUGAUCAGACAGUCUGUAUCACAGCUCAGAUAACCAAUCUCCUACAGAGAACAUUUCAAGUAGCUUUUGAGAGGGUGGGUGAGGGGGGUAAAAUAGUCAGUAGCAAUCUACAACAAAAUGUUAUGCUUAUCCAACAUAAACUAAGAAAAAUUCAAUUAUAUGAAUAGUUUAUUUGAUAUUUUGUCAUAUACAGAUAUGCCAUUAUUAUUUAUGUUGAUGAUGUCCAAUGUUUGACCAUGAGUCGAGACUAUAGUGUAAUAUACGGUAGCUAGUUUAGGUGCAAAAUGUGUGUAGGUGUGUGUGUGUGUGUGGUGUGUGUGCUUGGUAACUAGUAACUACGCCACUGACACUCUAGACACCUUUCUCUCCAUCUCGCCUCUAUUCUAUAAUCAAAGUUUCUGCUAGCUUUCUUGGGUUCCCUCUGGUUCUCUCCAUUUACCUCCACAGGCAUCAAACUGAAUCCAUCUCGCUUCACCUCAGAAGAGUCUCUUGUUUUCUAAAUCAAGUCGAUCAGAUCUGCAAUCAACUUUCAGGUUUUGGUUCAAAUUGAAUUCACUCCUAACUCCUUACAAGCUUGAGGAUUAUCCCGUUACACAGCCUCCCCAUCUGAUCCUCUGUUCAGGACAGAGUUUGGCCACAUGGCUACCGAUUGUGGUUAUUCUUUCACUUCAGCAACAUGUUCACAGUCUCUCCAAAUUUAUGCAGGAGUGUUCAGUCAUUUGUGUUCAGUCAUUUGCAUUAGUCAUCACAAAAGACAAAGUUUAACUUGAUGUUUGGUUAUUUUUCUUACAGCAAAAUGAUGGGCAGUUUACAGUGAUCCAG